AUGGAUGCAUGCAUACAUACACAUACAUACAUACAUACGUGUGCUAGUGCCCUGACCUGCGGGUGCGAGAGUCGGGGAGCGUUGGAAAAAAGCACAUACAUAUCACAUGCAUACAUACAUACGUACAUACCGGUACAGCGAGUGUGCAGAUGCUUGGGCCCAAGGUGGCGCCUGGCUGCACGGGAAAGAUACUGGCGCAAAGAUCCUGGCGAGCCUGCAGCGUUGCUGCCUGCGCCAAAGGAUACCUUGGAGUUCUCCGACAACGAGGAGCAGCUGUUCGGCAGCGACGAUGAGGCCUUGGAGAGACUUGAGCUCUCGGAGGAGGCCUUGGAGUUUGAGAUCAUGUUGGCAGAAAGGUAUGUCGACCCUCCGUUGUGGCUUGAAGCAUGGCUGCGGGAGUACUUCGUUGUAGAGGACGACCUGGUGUAUCUUCCUUUUCUGAAGCCCUGGAAGCAGCACGUAGCUCGGAAUCCGGAUGCACGGCCUCCUCUGAGCCACACCGAGCAGGAAGCGCUCUUGAUGAACAUCCAAGAGGAGAUGCGGCUCAGAUAUGGCCGGGUGCACGUGGCCGUGCUUGGGCCCCUCUUUCCUGGUGCCAAGAGAGGAUGGAUGAAACGGUUCUUUGACAUCACGUCUUACGGUGACCUUCUGGAAAAGAACGUGGCCCGGCAAACCCGGGAGGCCAUCGCCGUAGCUGCGCGCAUCCACUACGAAGAUUACACCUCUGUGGAGGCAUUCUUCGACUUCGGAAUCGGGCGCGAGUGGUUGCGAAGAUACUUCUGCCUUGACACGGACACCAACAAGCUCAGCAUGGAUCACAGGCGGUACGCGUCUUGGGAGCCACCGCCCAAAGAUCCAGAAGCGCCGGAUCCCCGCAUCUAUACGAAACUGAAUGCGCCGCGAGGCUACGUCCGGAAGGGCAAUGGGAGAUACGCGAAGAGGAAGUACGGACAUUUCGCAGGCGGCAUCCUGUUCUAG